CCGAGCAGUCGCCUACGCUCUCAAACAAGAUGGCCAAUGUAGAUGAAGAAUCACAGACACCUACACCUUCUCCUCGUCCAGAGAAGCGCUCACUAUCAGAUUUCCUGAAUGAAGAAGUAGAACACAACAACUCCACUAUACCAUUGGCGUGGCAAUCGUUUCUCACGGGUUUUAUUGAUCUGAUUCUCUAUUCUAGAAGUCAGGUCUGGGUUGGUUUUCAGACUGGUAAUAUGGUUCAGUUCUCCGGUAAUAUCGCUCAAUAUAUGCUCCCUGAUUAUAUAAGGGAACCGUUACUCACACUCGAGAGGGUCAUAUCAAUAUGCGCUUUCUUUCUAGGAUCAUUUAUGAGCGCGAGGUUGGCAAAUUACUUUGGCGGUCGUACGAGAAAGUCUUUAUUCAUUAGUUCCGUCAUACAGAGUUGUUUCCUCUGGGGUGCCUCGGCAAUUUUACUCACGAGACCGGAGGAUGAACUGCCUACGUUUCGGUAUUUCCCAGCUGUAUUGGCUUUAGCAGCCUGGUCUAUGGGUAUGCAAAGUGGUGCUUCACAGAAGCUAACUUCGCCUGCAUUUGCUACAACUGUUGCGUUCACAGCAACAUUGAGUCAAAUUGCAAGCGAUCCAAACAUUUUUAAGUUGCGGUCAGCAGCAAGAGAUACCAGAAUGAUUGGUAUUGUUUCACUGUGCAUUGGUGCAGGUGUGGGUGAGAUGUUCCUCUACGCUAAAACGAAUUUAAGAGGAGGGUUGGCCGUAGUGGCAGGAUUCAAAUUAUUACAAGCAUUCAUGUGGUUUUUACCAAAGGCAUCGCAGCCAAAAUAAAUUAGAUUAAUACAUAAUUUUUUCAUCGGAUUGUUUAACCCAAACUGCUAUGAUAAUGCAACUGAUGACGGCGUAUGAUAAUUUUGCUUGGACGACGGUAUAAACCCAUAACAUGCCAAUAGAUGGUGCUCUCUUUAUGAUUUG